AUGACUUCUACUGAAAAACUAUCACGACAUUGCCGCUCUAAUAAAAAACAUAGGCAACAAGUAUCUCAAGAACUGGACAUCAUCUUUGAUCCAUUAAAGCAUCGAACACAAUUUGCAACUCGAGGGCUUUGCACAUAUGAUAAGAUUUAUUAUAUUGAAAAGGAGUGGACAAGUGUCCCUCUCUGUAUCUCAGAUUGUGUAUCAUCAAAAGAAAGCAAGGCUCAACAAAAUGUAUCCACUCAAGAUUUAUUCAUUGAGACCUUAUUCUGGGAGGCAAAACUAGGUGAUGAUAAUCUUGAUUCAUAUGGGAUUCCUCUAAAAUUUCUUGAAUUGAUCAACAGAGAAAUAACCAACAAAGCAGAUGAAAUCAAUGAGGAAUCAGAGCUUCAAGUUGCAGACUCAUCAUCUGACAAAAAAUUGUGGAUUGGUUUUGGGAAAUGGAUAGGCUUUAAGGAACCAAUUAAACCAAAAGAAGUGCAACACCAUCUCAGAAAUAAGUGGAAAAGACUCCAACAUGCCUUGGACUUGCAAAAUAAGAAAGAUAUUUUUGUUACAAAGACUACUGCAGAAAAGAAGGCCAAGCUGAUUGCUGAAGCACGAAAGGAUUUCAGUUCGCUGGAUGAGCUGGUGAAAUUCCGCUAUGUUGUGAAACCCGAGUGCAUUACAGACCUGGAUGGCAAAACCUUAAUACACCUCGAGCAACUUAAUAAUCCAUUUGCCAUUACAGAAGCUACAAAUGCCAUUAAUCAUUACUAUUUCCACACCUUGAAUAAUCCAUCUCAUCAAAGUGAAGGAUUCUGGAAGAAUCUUAUUGAGCAUUUUGGGGCUUAUGCGCAAUACAAUCUCCUUCCUUACACUAGCUCUGAUACCGCAAGCUCACAUAAUGCUGAUCAUCUGGAAUGCGUUAAUAAUCUCCUUUGCAGUCUUCAACCACUGUCAAACAGCAUUAAUAACUUUAUUCAAAAUAAUUAUGGAGAAUUAUACAAGAAAUUAAGCAAGUUAGCAUGGGGACCAUUUGCACCAAGAUCCUUUGGGGUUUUUCCAAUGAUGGCUAUUAAUUACAAUACUAUUAGUGAUUAUCAUUGGGAUGCAAAUGAUGUGAAAAAUGGUUUCUGUUGUCUGGUUGCUUUAGGAGAUUUUGAAGGAGGUGAACUAUGUUUCCCCCAACUCAAGAUUGUGGUAGUGCUUCAGCCUGGACAACUUGUUGCAUUUUCCUCACGUCUUCUACUCCAUGGAAAUUUUCCCAUUACUAGAGGAAUCCGACACAGUGUUGUUUACUACAUAAGUAAGUUAUUUUUUCAUGAUUUGCGGAAUUUCACCAAGGUUUAUGAAGAUCAUGAGAAUGGAAUUGAUAGAAAUGCAAAUGGUAAAGUCACUUCUGAACCAAUCUCCCACCAAGACCUCACUGAUGCUAAUGGGUUAAACCACUUGACCAGACCAAAACCAAAUCGAGCAUCUGCAUCAUCUGAUAGUAGACGACUACACAUAG